AUUACUUCUAGUUCCAGUAAUGAUCCACCCACAGUUAUUAAAGGCGCUGAUGAGAUUGUGAGAGCUGCAGUUCAGCAUCACUGUAUUGAGCUGCUGAAGAGAGAAUCUCACUGAGUUUGCUCUGCAGCAGCAUCUGACCUCAGGUGGCGUUCGUCACAAUGAGGUUUCUGAUCUCACUGUGUGUGUCUCUACUGCUGCUGAUUAAUGGUGAAAUAAUCAGUGGACAAACAACAGAACCUACAACUUCCAGCUCUGAUCCAUGCUAUGAUUAUCGAACUCUUGAUGAAUAUUGGAGAGACAUACGACAGUAUAACUACUAUGGAUAUGAUGACACCCUUGUUGAAUGGAGUGGCUGGUAUCGGCUGUAUUUGAAUGGAGAAAGUGCCCAGAUGUCUGAGUGGUGUGUGAGUUAUGCUGUAUGUGGUGGUGAAACUGCACUGUAUCUCAACGGUUCUCAUCCUACACUUGAGGAUGGAGUGGUGACCCGUGAAGUUGUGGGAACUCAUUCAUGGUGGUGGUGGUAUUCCAAUCAGUGUGGAGCCUACAGUUCAACGCCCAUCCAGGUCAAAGCCUGUCCAGGAGAUUAUUAUGUCUAUGAAUUUGUCAAACCCAACAUAUCAGCUCCAAGGCCUAUGUACUGUGCAGUUGCUUUCCAAAGCAUCAGCAGUGAUCCCUGCUACAACUAUGAGUCUCUGGAUCGUCCCUGGAGAGCCAACAAUGAAAGUGGAGAUUACAUUUGUGAUAAUAUUUUCUCCUGGAAUGGCUGGUACCGGCUUUACUACUAUGGAAUGAACAUCCGGAUGUCAGAGACCUGUGUUAGUUCAUUCAGCUGUAACACAUACUAUAAUCUGUGGCUCAGUGAUCCUCACCCUCAGAUAGAGGAUGGAGUGGUGAUCAGGGAGGUCUGUGCUGGGACUUAUUGGAGUGGCUGCUGUGAAUACAAGUCAAAACCCAUCAGAGUGAAAGCAUGUCCAGGCAAUUACUAUGUCUAUGAACUUGUGAAUCAAGCAUGGUGGUGUUCAGGAUACUGUACAGAUGUCAGCACUAUUUCACAGGCAGUUUCCACUAUAAGUCCAGAUAUAUUCACAGGAUCCAGCAUCACAUUGAAUUAUGACCCGUGCAAUAACUACAACAUACUCGACAACAACUGGAGAAGCACACUCAAUUACUGGUCUUGGUAUGGAUACAUAUCUGAUCAUGAUGACACUCGUGUAGAAUGGGAUGGCUGGUAUCGACUCUUCAUUAAUGGCUUCAGUGCUCAGAUGCCUGAAUGGUGUUUUUAUUAUAUGCAAUGUGGAGGUUUUAGUUCUCUGUAUCUUGGUGAUUCUCAUCCUCGGCUAGAAGAUGGAGUUGUUACUCGUGAAAUUUACGGCUCCCGUAAUGAUCAGUGCAGUCGCUACAGAUCCGACCCAAUCCAAGUCAAAGCUUGUCCUGGAAAUUAUUAUGUCUACAAAUUUACCAGGCCGACUCUUUCAAUCCCAGCUCCUGUAUAUUGUGCAGUCCCGUUCUCCACUCCAAGUGUCGACCCCUGCUUCAACUAUACCAGUCUGGAUGAGCCUUGGAGAGCCACUGACCAUUAUAACUUGGGCAUGUGUGAUUAUAAUGUGGAGUGGAAUGGCUGGUACAGGCUGUUCAACAAUGGUGAAAAUACUCAGAUGCCAGAUUCAUGUGUUAGUCAGUACACGUGUGGCACAUAUUACCCACUGUGGAUCAACAGAUCUCACCCACUGCUGGAAGAUGGAGUGGUCACCCGUCAGAAUCCACAAACCAGUCCAUCUCAACACUGUCUACAACAACAGAGACAAUCCCAUCCACUGAAUCCAUUACUCCAUCAAUCACAACCACUGCACCCCCUGUUGACCCCUGCUACAACUUCAGUGUCCUGGAUGAUCCAUGGAGAGCCACCAACAAUCAACAUUCCUCUCAACUAAUGUGUGACUAUGACGUCAGCUGGAACGGCUGGUAUCGUCUCUUCAUUCAGGGUCAGAGCGUUCAGAUGCCAGACACAUGUGUUGAUGAGUAUAGUUGUGGCACUCAUGCUCCACUGUGGCUGAACGGAGGACAUCCAACAGU